AUGCCAUCUCAAAGUUCUGUACCUGUAUUUCAUCCAGAUCAUCCACACAAUCGCCAACCUUACCCCUUGUACGAAUCUCAAACAGAUAACAUCAGAUACACUUCUUCCGGUUGUGUCCCAAGGGGAAGUAGGAAAAGUAAUAAGAUGAUUUCCAAUGAUCAUCAUAUACAACAACAGAGAGGACACGGGAAAUAUCUAGAUGAUACUAUAAGCGAUUCAGAAUCAAGUUUAUCACCUAGUCCAGGUUCAAGCAGUAGAUGUUUCUGUGGAAGUCUAACUCAAGAUGGUGGAAUAUAUUGCAGUGUUGCUUGUGCACGAUCAGAUGCUUUCUCCUCCUUGUGCUAUAAACCUGCCGCCCAACCUUCGGAACCUCUUUUCACUCCUUCUCACUGCCAACAACCAUCGAUUGCAUCAGCAAUCUCCACAUCAUUAUCACGUAACCCCUCUUCCGCCUCUGCAUCUUCUGUUGCAUCGUCAUCCUCGAACCAAGAUGUAGGAGAUUGGAAUGCUUCACAUUAUCGUCGACUGGCUCGUGCUGAUAUACGGAAAGAAGAAAGGAAAGAGGAAAGACGUCGCAGAAGAGCAGAAGGUAGUCUGGCAAGCUCAAUUAGUACAAGUAGAAGUACCAUGAUGUCUGUCUCUUCCUCAGCGUCAAGGGCUAUACCAGAUCUCGUCGGAGGUAUGGGAAUGGGUUCAAGUCAUUCCAGAAAUCCUUCCGUAGCAAGUUCGGUCACUUCCUUCUCGUCAUCAACUUGGGGAACAGGAGGAAACCUUUCAAGAAAUCCUUCUUCAGCAAGUACUUCAUCAAGAAGAGGAUAUGGAACAAACGUGAAUAUCGGAGCGGCAAUAAUGGAGGAUGAAGAUGAAGAAGAAUGGUUACAAUCUGAGCUAUCACAAAUACCACCAGUACCGGUACCAGCCGUUCCCGUUUCUACCAAAAGACCAGGGCAUUCACGAACGGGAAGCAAAUCAGCUUCGAGUCGCAAAGGAAGAAAAGUAACUCCUGAUCCCCUACCUUUCGGAAUGGGUAAAGACAUGAGAGAUGUACUGGAAGAGAUCAUUCAAAUGGAGAAAAGUUUCUUGGUAUCGGAUAACGAGAAUGAUGAGGAUGAUAGCAUGUCUCAGAACGCAUCUCAAUCAACUGCACUAUUCACUAGUCAAUUCGAUAGACCGCCACGAACUCCCAGUCCUGUCGCUUCUGGAAAGCGAAGAAUGAGUAUAGCGCCUGGAGCGCCUAUGCGAGGACAUCGAUCAGCUGCUUCGCAAUCAGCUCUUCCACCACCUUCACCUGAACACCAUCAACCUCAACCUCAAAGACCACCUACCUUGAUGGGUUUACAUCAAUCUUCAUUGUCAGAAUCUCAUACAGCAUUGUAUCUCGCCACGGCAUCGCCUAUUGCUCCAGGUAGACGAUCAGCAAGUCCAAAACUCGAAACUAGGAAAUCGAUCACUUUCACACCUGAAUUUGCUGGUCCGUCCAUCUCCCUAGAUGGAUUACCUGCACCAAGAAGAAUAUUCGAUUCACCUUCUGGAAAUCUGACGCCCAUGGGUAGACGUAGGUUGAAUUUAACUCCUCAAGCUGUACAUCCUUCGAUGAAUGGAUGGAGAUUCCCUUCUGGAUCAGGCUCAAACUCAAAUAUGGCAACUCCAACUAAACCUACACACCCUCAGAUACCAACACCCGAUGAAAUACAAGGAAUGGAUUCUAUUGAACCUGCAUUAUUAUGGCCUCCACCUCCAAGAGAUUUACAACCUGCUUUAUUCCCUUGUUCGCCCGCCACCGACACUCCAGAAUUCACAUCGAUCAGCAGAAUGUUGAAUGAUGAUGAGAUGCUUCAGAGAAGAGAUAGUCAAUUAUCGUUUUCGGCUCCUGGAAGUGGAAUGAGAUUAGGCGUUUUACUGGGUUCCAGUAAUGGUAGUGGUACUGACUCUGCUGAACAGAUGGAUAUUGAUAUGGACGAAGAUCAAGAUCAGGAUCAAGAUGGUGAAUCAACUGAACAAGGUCAUGAAAAUGCUUCGUAUGCGAUAGGACGAUCGAUGGGAAUGCAAUAUCUACCUGUUUUUCUAGAAGCUGAAGGAUUUAGAUCCGCCGAUGGUCUGAAUGUGAGAAAUUGGUGA